AUGAAACGUAUUGGAUAUACGGCAGAUAUUAAUGCCAAUGACAACCUACGGAAGAUUAUCAUGCGCCUACCGGACCACAUAAUUGAAAGAUGGAAAGUCUUCGUGACAGAUAUCCGUGAAAAGGGUCAGACGCCCACAGUCAGCCAUAUUAGUGAAUAUGUGAGAAAGAGAGUAAAGGCAGAGUUCGACCCUGAUUUUGGUGACCUACAAAGAGAUCCAAGACCCCCACGAGGUGACCAUCCUGCGCCGAGAAAGAAUCUAUACGCUACCGAUCGUGAUUCAAGCAGAUCACCAAUGAAAUGUUACGUUUGUGAAGAAGAUCACCGUGUCAUCGAUUGUCCAGUAUUAGCGAAGGCCUCAGUCCCUGAAAGACUAGAACUAGUGAAGAAAGCAAGACUGUGUUUCUCAUGUUUGAAUCGUGGACACUCCAAGAAUGAUUGUCGAUCAAAGAAGAAAUGUAAAGAGGACGAUUCAUGUCCUUACUUCCAUCAUCCUCUUCUACACCACAGUUCAGAACCAGUUGCUUCGAUUCUAGAUAAAGCUAGCAUGAUGCCUGUAAUCAGAGCUAGAUUCAGAGCCCCCAACGGCCGAGUUCGUGAAGGGAACGUUUUGGUUGACAGUGGUGCCGGAACGACAGUCAUUCGGAGCCAGUUUGCAAAAGAACUUGGAUUGAACGGGAAAAGAGAACGUGUUGACUUAGCAGUUGUUGGAGGAGAGAAACUAGAGCAACCACACAGCCGACGAGUGAACUUUUCGAUCUCUGCACUGGAAGGCAAUCAAGAGUUCAAGAUCGAAGCCCACGAGAUAGAGAAAACUAUUCUCAACGUUCCCGAGUUAAACAGAAAGUGGUUGCGUUCCUUCCCCCAUCUCCGAGACAUCGAUUUCAGUCACGCAUCGGGAUCAGUCGACCUUAUACUCGGAGUCCAUUACACCCACCUUCAUUGGGAAGAAGAGAUACGCCGAGGAAAGGAAUUCCAACCAGUGGCCAAGAAAACCAAACUUGGUUGGUACGUGAUUGGAGCCAAUGAGGGGGAAAGAAGCCAUGAACUUUGUUCCAUUCAUUUUGUACGAAAGAUAGACAUGGAAAAAUUUUAUCAGUUUGAGACACUGGGAAUUCAAGCAUCCAAUUGUUCGUGCCCUAAGUCAAUCCUGUCACUCGACGAUAAACGAGCCAUAAAGCUUAUGGAGCAGUCAUGUAAGCGCGACGACAAUCGCUAUGUAAUCGGCCUCCCGUGGAAAAAGGACAAGAACUUGUUGCCUGAUAACUGA